CCUUAUUUUCUACGAAAAAAUAUUUUGUUUUUUUCUUCUAGCAAAAGGAUGCUAACUAAGAAAUAAUACAAAUAUUAAUUUGUGCAAAGUAAUUGACCAACCAGUUUUGCAAUAAUAUGGAAACCCAUUGUAAUAAAGGUCGUAUAAAAAGAAAAAUUAGUUAUUUAUAAAUUACUAAAAAGAGCUAAUGACUCUACCAAUAACACUAUAAAAGGAACUCAAAGUAAAAAUAAAUAUUCUCUUUAAGUUGAAAAAAGUACAACCAAGAUUCAACCUACGCAAAUUAUCAUCAAUACUCUAUUUUUUGUAAGUGGGUGCCCAGGCACAACUUGUUUCAUAAAAACUGUAUAGGUACAGAGUGAAUAAUUUGGAAAGGCAACAAUGACGAGUUCCCCAUCUUCGGAGGAUAGUGAAGAACUAUACGAUGCCUUGGCUGAGGAAUUGAAAAAUAUUCAACUGGUUAUACGGGUAACCAGAGAAAAUAUAGACGCCCUCAAUGCAAAAUUUGCAAAUUUGCAGGAGCCACCACCCAUGUACAUUGCCGAGUAUCAGGAAUUAACGUCAAAGUUGCAUGAAUUGGAGGCCAAAGAGACUGAAUUGAUGGAGCAAAUGAGUGCGCAGCAGGAAUUAGAGGAAAAGCAAUUGCAGCAGCAACAAACUUACAAUGAAUACUCUGCAUUUCAAUCGCACUAUCAGAAUCAGCAACAAAUACAAAUGCAGCAGUUGCUGGCAAGACCGGGUUAUCAGGGAAACGAUAUGACUGACAGCUUGAUUUCGUCUCAGAGUACUAAUUAUGGAGGAAGUCAGUGCGGUACUUUAACACGACAACGCAAGGUUCUGCUCAGAGCGCACUUGCCCAACCAACAGAGGACUUCAGUUGAAGUUGUGCCUGGCGUCAGGUUGUGUGAUGCUCUAAUGAAAGCUCUUAAACUGCGCCAAUUAACGCCGGAAAUGUGUGAAAUAACAACAUCGGAAAAUGGGCGCAACAUUAUACCCUGGCACACCGACAUUGGUACGUUACAAGUAGAGGAAAUAUUUGUUAAACUUCUGGACAAAUGCCCUAUUAUGACUCAUAUAUCGCAUCAGUUUAUAAGGAAGACUUUCUUUUCACUGGCCUUUUGUGAGUGUUGUCGUAGACUACUAUUCACAGGCUUCUAUUGCAAUCAGUGUAACUUUCGGUUUCAUCAAAGAUGUUACGACAAGGUACCCACACUUUGUCAACAAUUUCCGGUAGAUAGUUACUAUCAGCGCCUACUGGCUCAAAAUCCUGAAAAUGCUGUAGGAAUAUUACAUCCUGGACGGGGAAUGAUCGGUGACUUUUCGAGUCGCCAUCCUCGUUCUAUAAGCCAACAGGAUCGGUCUAAUUCAGCUCCAAAUGUUUAUAUUAACAAUAUUAAGCCUCUUACUGAGGCUCAAUGCAAACUGAUUCAGGCUCAUGGACCUCUACAACAUUCUGGAGAUCAUUCCAAUUCAACACAAGCUUCUCCCACUAGCACCCUAAAGCAUGUAAAUCGAGGUAGAGCUCGUUCUGCAGAUGAAAGUAAUAAAAAUCUUUUAUCUUCUAGAGACAAUCGAACUUCAGAAGAAAAUUGGAAUAUUCAAGCAGAAGAAAUUCUAAUAGGACCGCGCAUUGGUUCGGGUUCUUUUGGAACAGUAUAUAAAGCCCAUUGGCAUGGCCCAGUGGCGGUAAAAACCCUUAAUGUCAAAACUCCCAGUUUAGCACAACUGCAAGCAUUUAAAAAUGAAGUGGCUAUGUUAAAGAAAACCAGGCAUUGUAAUAUUUUGUUGUUUAUGGGUUGUGUAUCCAAACCUUCACUGGCCAUUGUUACUCAAUGGUGUGAAGGCAGUAGUUUGUAUAAGCAUAUACAUGUCAAAGAAACCAAAUUCAAACUAAAAACUCUAAUUGACAUCGGGCGACAAGUGGCUCAGGGAAUGGACUAUUUGCAUGCUAAAAAUAUCAUACACAGAGAUUUAAAAUCUAACAAUAUAUUCUUACAAGACGAAUACUCCGUUAAAAUAGGAGACUUCGGUUUGGCUACUGCGAAAACAAGAUGGUCGGGUGAAAAACAAGCAAACCAACCAACUGGCAGCAUACUAUGGAUGGCGCCCGAAGUUAUACGCAUGCAAGAACAGAAUCCAUAUUCAUUUCAAUCUGAUGUUUAUGCAUUUGGCAUCGUACUGUACGAAUUACUAGCUGAAUGUCUACCCUACAGUCAUAUAAACAACAAGGAUCAAAUUUUAUUCAUGGUGGGAAGAGGACUAUUGAAACCGGACAUGUCUAGAAUACGAUCAGAUGCUCCUCAAGCUCUAAAACGUCUUACAGAGGAUUGCAUUAAGUAUGAUCGCAAUGAAAGACCUCUAUUCCGUUUAUUACUCAAUAUGCUUGAGUAUAUCUGGCGAACUUUGCCCAAACUUCAUCGUAGUGCCAGCGACUCUACACUAACUCAAACUCAGUUGCAACACGACGACUUCCUAUAUCCCUGUUCCAGUCCGAAAACGCCGGUAAACUUUAAUAGUUUUCAAUACUAUCAUAGUGCUGGUAAUAUCUAGCGAUGCUGAUCGGUUGCUACACUUGUGAUAAAAAGAAUUUGAAUCAUAGAUGACAUACACUACUUUAAAAUAAAACUAAAGCAAACAAAAGGAAAGGAAGUGAAAGGAAAAGCUUUUAAAACAUUUAUUGAUAAAAGUGAAAUGAGCAAUUGAAUUGCUUAAAGUAAUUAAUGCAACAAGGUACACAUACAAAACAUUUAAUUUUAAAGAGGAUCUAACAAACUACAUACAUAAUUAUAUUGUGUAAAUAUAAACAGAUUAAUUUCAACUUUUAAAACAAAGAAACUAAUUGUUUGAAAGUUCAAAAGAUUUUUAAUUCCUUUUGAAACUUAAAUCAAAAUAUUAGAUGCCUCCAUUUUUAGUCUUUUAACAAACAAAUUAAAGAUUAGAAUCUAAACCGCAACACUUGACUUUUGUUAACAAUUGUACGACUUUAACUACACACUAAACUACAUGCAUACAAACAUAUUUCUAAAAUAAUUAUUUUGUCCACAAUUUAUUUUGAUUUUAUUUAUAAACAAUAUAUCUCCUGCCUAUUGUUCAAUUAAUUUAUUACGUUUUCUCGGUUUUUUAUUUGUUUUUCUAAGAAUAAAGUUAUUUGUAAUUUAUACAUAUUUUCUUUUUAUAUAAAAAUAUACAAAAAAUAUAUACACACAUAUAUAUUUUAAUCUCAAGUUUUGAAAGAGCUCUAAUUAAAUAGUUGACUAAUAUAUAAAAGUAAUUUGAAUCAUGUAAAUUAAACUAUUAAUAUAAAAUAAACCAGAAACAAAUCUAACAUUAAAAGAAA